UACUGAAGGGUUUACGUGGACUAAAAACUUGUCGAUUGAUUACAAGGUAGUGUACCUACACGCAAAAGUACUGUAACAUUAGGGAAAGCAGAGUAUGUAUCUUUGUACAUAUAAGUAUUAUAAGGAGGCAAAACCUUAAACUUUUGUCAUCACAUAUUCGGACAACGUGACUUAUUUUGAAUUUAUAAUUAAUAGAUGAACUUCGAGGAAUUGUCAAAUUUGCAAUAUUAAUCCAUACACAGAAAUGUUAAGACACAAUAAUGUCGUGACGUUGCAUAACAGAGUAACAGACCAACCUGUAACUGUUGGAGUUGGAGAUGGAGCUCUAGAGCUCGAACCACCUGAAGAGGGCGCCACUUUAGAAAACCCGCCAAAUGGAGGAUAUCGAGCUUGGUUAAUAGUUCUUUCAUGCGCUUUGAUAAAUGCGUUGCUAAGCAGUAUGGAGUUGUUGAUAGUUGCCUCUAUUCUCAAAAUGGCGUCUGAUGCCGGAACUGACGGAGAUAUUGUAUCACUGUUCGUGGCACUUGUUAAUCUGUACGCUCCACUGGGUGCAGUUGUUAUGAUUCGUUUUGGUUACCGGGCAACAGUUUGUGUUGGAGCCGGUUUCGUCAUGAUAGCCGUUAUCGUACUAUCUUAUCUUGCAGCGGGAGCCGAAGGCGGUGUAAAAUUCUUUCUCUAUGGACCCGCAGCAAUAGGCAUGAGUUUCAUCAAACUAGGAGCAUUGAUACCAGUGUUAGAAUAUUUUACAACAAAGAGAAUGAAAGCGUUAUUCUUAUCAAGACUUGGGACAUAUGCUGGACAGAUUAUCUUAAUUUUCAUACUAAUAAGAGAUCCACCUGACAUUAAGCGGAGGGCUUUUUUAAGGGGCUGCACAGGUUUUUGCAUCGGAAUAGGAUUGCUCGGCUUAACGCUACAGGAACUUAAACUCAACAUGAAAGAUGGAACAGGAACAUUUGUUGCAAGGACCGUUGGUGUUGGAAGUAAACAAAUUCUAAAGAGCGCACUAUUUUGGUCAACAUGUGCUAUAUAUUUCUUUUACCAAUGGGGCAUUGAAACGCCUCAAGGUCAAAUCCCCUCAAUGGCUGUACACUUAAAGUUAAAUGUGGCAGGGAAUCUCUCUUACGCAUUAAUGCCGACUUUCGGAGAACUAUUGGGAAUGUUUUUAGCAUGGAUAUUCAAGAAAGUUUACUACGAGGAAGAGAGCCGAUUGCACAAGCGAAAGCUGAAGGCAGACCGCAUGAAAGUAGUUUUUGGUAUUUUAUUUGUGGCAGCAUUUUGUAUGUCUAUUUGUUGCUUUAUAGCGCCUAAAGCAGUUACCGUUUGGUACUUCUUCCCAUUUAGUAUCCUGUUUGCUGCUUUGUUUGCAUUUUGCGAAGGUUUACGAGAUGAUGCUGUCCCGGAAGAGUUUGGAGGGGAAAAUGUGCGAAUUGUUGAAGGACUUAUCCUAAUGUUUGCUGGUCUUGGUGGUGUUAUAACAAAUGAAAUUGGAGCUGCUCUUAACGAUGAUGAUUUACACUGGAAGGAACUAUUCUAUUAUGGUGGCGGUAUGUUACUUCUAUCAGCAUUUGUCACAUUGACUGUUCUUGGAUUAAUACGACACAAACUUAUACCGUCCAAAUUUAAAAGCAACCAAGUUUGCAAGCAGCCAAAUGCAUUGAUUAUCAUUCAAAAUCAGGCGAACCAGGACUCUCAACAACAACAAGCUAAGCCGGUUCAAUAUUUUCUCGGCCGCAUAGAACCUCCACCAGAACAAGCAGUAUCUAAAGGUAAUCGACAUAUGAAUGCCCAACCUUAUCAGCAAGCGCCAGUAAAUCUUCCAAAUCAAACUGGCAGCUUUAUGACGCAUCAAAGUCAAAACAGAACGCAGCAGACUGUUCAGAGUGAUGGCCCACAAAAUCAACCACAAAGCGUUGUUACCAUACAAGACCUUCAAUAAUUUGGUUUGAGGAUAUCCUAAUAACAUUUCAAAUAUAUGUUUGCAAGAAUGGCGAAUAAGCCAACUUGUCAUAAACUUAUAAUAAAUUUCUUUUCAUUUA